AUGCGCACCGAAGGCUUUUCAGUCCCGGCGCGCCUUCUACGUGGAUUCGUGCGUUGGCUUGCUGUAGUAGCCGCUCCGAACUUUGGCUCCGCUUCCACCCUCGGGACCCUCUUCGUCUGCCGCCUCGCGCCUACAGUCGCAAUGCUGGCGCUGAGCUCGGCUCGCCGCUCCCUGCUGCUCCUCUUGCAGCAGCCUCAGCACUGCCGGGCCGCCGUCGCCGCUGGGGAGCUGAUGUUGCUGCGCGUCUCCUCCGCGCGCGUCCUGAGCCCAGCCCCCAGCAGCCGAGCCUGCAGUGGCCAGAGGAGCGACGGCGAAGAUGACAACCCUUUGGUCUACCUGGACGUGGGAGCCGACAACCAGCCCCUGGGGCGAGUCGUCUUGGAGCUGAAAGCUGAUGUCGUGCCAAAGACAGCAGAAAAUUUUAGAGCUCUUUGCACUGGAGAAAAAGGUUUUGGAUACAAAGGAUCCGUAUUUCAUAGAGUGAUUCCUUCCUUCAUGUGCCAGGGUGGCGACUUCACUAAUCACAAUGGCACAGGAGGAAAAUCUAUAUAUGGCAGUCGAUUUCCCGAUGAAAACUUCAUCCUUAAACAUGUUGGACCAGGUGUCCUCUCAAUGGCCAAUGCUGGGCCCAACACAAACGGAUCACAGUUUUUCAUUUGUACAGCCAAAACGGAUUGGUUGGAUGGAAAGCAUGUGGUGUUUGGCCAUGUGAAGGAAGGGAUAGAAGUUGUGAGAAAAAUUGAGAGCCUUGGCUCCAAGAGUGGGAAGCCUUCUAAGAAGAUAGUCAUCACUGACUGUGGCCAGUUGUCCUAAUUCAAACUGCACCCACCUCACCGGAGAAUCUAGAAUGCAAAAAGGAAUAAAUGUGAAUAACUGCACAUUUCUCAUGUGAAUUUGAACUCUGUACAAAGAGCGCAACCCUUUGAGCCAUGAUAAGGGACAAUGAAGUGUGUGAAGAAUUCCAGUUUUGAAAGAUCAUUUUUCAGUCUAAUUUAGUUGUACUACUUUUUAUGUGUAUUUAAAAUCUAAAGGUUCUGUGAAAUGCUUGAUGGAAAAUGGAAGAACAAAGGCUGCAAGCAAACCUAACUAGUAUUUUUGCAACUAAAUAAUUUAAAGGUUUUCUUGUAGUCUAGUUGAGUUAGUACUUGAACUCCUAUUCCAAAUGAAUAUAUUAAUUUUAUUGUCUUAUUUUAUUAUGUCAAAUGUAGGUAGCUAAGUGGUUAACUAUGUUGACUGGAAGUUCAGAUGAUCAGUCAAGAGGAAAACAUUUCCCCCUCGGGUCCAUUCUGUUUGGUAGCAGAUAUAACCCAAUCAACUUAUCACCUUGGAUUUAUAUUAUUGAGGAUAACUUGACAACCAGAAGGGCUAAGGAUCCUUAUUCUGCAAUAAUAUUUCAAUGUGAACUACAUAAAUAGGUUUGGUGAACUUCAGGGUGGAUUGAUUUAAAUUAUUAUUUAAAUCACCAAGAAAAACCUCAGUUUAAAUCAUUGAUUUAAAUCAAGGUUCCCACUGAUACUUCACAUAAUAAACAAUGGUACAAAUCUCAUCACUAAAACAUGUUACUAUACACCUCAAUAGAGCAUUUUCUUCAUCUAGGAGAGUACACUUAGUGUAAUUUUUUAAAGAUGAUUUUUACUAAUUUAGGAAAUAGUAUGUAAUACUUAUUACCUGUGUCAAGCUGCCCUACAUCUCCUUGAUGCACUGCUUACAUCUGACACAUCUCUUUUUACCCAAGGAAGGCAUUACUUCAAAGUGUUCCUCGAUGGGGUGUCUCCUGUGCCCUAAAGCUAUGACCAUUUUUCAGUGGCUAACUGGGGGGCAGUACAGGAAGCUGUACUGAAUAAUGCCUUCCUCCCCCUGCCCUGCAGUGUUCUUCUACUUCACUCCCUUUCCUAUAUAUUUUGUGUCUGUCUUGGCCCAGGCCCACCACAAAGCAACCACCCUACUAUCCAACCUGUGUUUUUGCACAUGAAAAACAGGCUUAGGAACAGAAACUGAAAGCCCAAACAUUUCCAAAAGCAAGAGCUGGUAUGGGCACAGCUAGGCAGACUAGAGCCAUUUUCCUGAGAUGAAUACCCAUGUUUGGUACACAAGUCCAUGUGCAUGAUAGUCAUCAAUACAUUUUUAGAAAACUAUGUGUUAGUGUAGCAUAUUUGUGAUGAGAUUUAAUUUUAACCAUGUUACUUUUUACAUGAGAACUGGAAAUUCUGGUAUUUAGAACUGGUAUUUAGUUUUUAAAAAUCUGAUUUAAAUAAAACUGAUUUUUAAAAAAAAAAAUCAAUUUUUAUCACUUCCUACAACUCCCUGAAUUUUUCCUAUACAUUCAAAUGUUUAGAAAGGAAGAUAGUUAAGUUAACCUUAAGCAACUGAAGCAAAAUUAAUGCUUGUGGCAUAAGAUGUUAAGGCUUGAAUCCUGCCAGUCAGGGGUGGGCAAACCUGGCCCUCCAACUGUUGUUGAACUACAGCUCCCAUCACCCCCAGCCACAAUCUGUGGCUGGGGAUGAUGAGUGUUGUUGUUGUUGUUGUUAUUAUUAUUACAUUUAUAUUACAUACUUCCUCCAAGGAGUCCAGAGCGGUGUACUACAUACUUGAGUUUCUUCUCACAACAACCCUGUGAAGUAGGUUAGGCUGAGAGAGAAGUGACUGGCUCAGAGUCACCCAGCUAGUAUUAUGGCUGAAUGGGGAUUUGAACUCGGGUCUCCCCGGUCCUAGUCCAGCACUCUAACCACUACACCAUGCUGGCUGGGUUGUAGUUCUAAAACAGCUGGAGGGCCAGGUUUGCUCACCAUUAAGGAGACUUUGCUUUAAAAAGUGGGAACUAGCCAAAUCUGCUCCACAGGUAAAUGAACUGUUGAAAUCCAGCAAUGGAAAUGGCUUUCCUUUCAUACAUUUUUGUUCAGCUUUUUUUUUUAAUAUGGAUCCACUGUGACAACUUCUUACUUGAGUGAACUGUUGGCAUUUGCCCCUAAUAUAAUACCUAUGGCUUAUUUUAGGGACGAAACUAGAUUGGAUGUAUCUGCAGGCAUCACCUGUAUCACCAUGUAUCAUGUUAAACCCGUAAUGGCUGAAAGGCUAUUAGGCAUGGAUACAGAAUCAUGCAGGGAAAGGGAAAGUCUGGGCAAUUACCUAUUCCUAACCUCUUAACUUGCUUCACACUCAACUUUCAUCAUGUAAAGAAAACUGAAGCAAGCUGAGAUUAAGAAACCUUGAAGUUGAGCCAUGGCUCAUGUGGGUCCAUCUGCACUAUAGGUGUAUAUGUACUAUGCACAAGCACACACCCCUAGAGUUACCAGAGCUCUUUGUGGAAAGAAGAAAAGAUUAAGCCAGUUUGUGGUAUAGAUAUGUCCUGUACCUCAGGAUAAGUGGACCCACAUAAUCAAUAAAGGGCUGCACAACUUUGACUCGCCUGCAGAUGUUGGACUUCAACUCCCAUUCUCCCUGAAUAUUGGCCUCUGUGGCUGAAGAUGAUGGGAGUUGUAGUCCAAAACCAGCUGGAGGGCUGAAUUUUUGCAGCCCUGAAUAACAUUGUCACUACCUCAAGUAUCUAGUACUAUGUUCAGAGUUCACUGCAAGCCCAUAGUGACUAGAAGUAUUGAGCAAGGACAUGUAAGUGAAAAUUUGUGGGAUUAUCUGUACUUGCAGAGGAAGGUUGCUGAUGACUAUCUGUGAAUUUAUUUACCUCUUAAAUGGCCAUGAGUUUUGCAAUGGAUAAAAGUCCAGCCAAGGUUUGUGGAGCUUACAGUUGCUUGUGAACUAGGCAUGCCUCUGCUAAAGGGAAACUUAACAUCUUACUAAGCUGUUUCUUGGCCUCAACAAAACUACCUUCUUAAUUUUUAAUGUAACCUCAGACUACUAAGCGAUGCACCUAAAUGUUACAGUGAGCAAUUAAAAUGUUGAAACUCUGUUGCCAUGUGAAUGUAUUUCUGUUGCAAAUGGCGUUGUUGCAGGUUGAAAAUUCUGUAUUUUGCACUAGAUCCAUGCAUAUCAUGAAAGGUUGAACAAUGUUUAAGAAAUUAUGCCUCUGUAGUGUUCUUACAUUCUUUGGAGUUUGAAAUAUUCAAUCUAACUUGCUUAGCUUAUGUUCACUAUCAAAAUAAAUUGUAUUUUUGUUACAUGUUCUCUUUAUAUAAAAUACCUUUUUUGUAAGAAUAAGAA